AUGGGAUCGGAAAUAAAUCCAAGUGGUGUUUUGAAAACCAAUUGGGUGCCAGGUCAACCGACCGUGGAUGAAGUCAGCAGUUCGAUGCAAAUAUUUGGUAUUGUUGAUUACGUUAUAUUCACCUUAAUGCUGGUGUCCUGUGGAGGCAUCGGAAUUUACUUUGGUUUUAUAAAAAAAUCAACUGGAGAAGAUGAGUACUUGGUAGGCGGCAGAAAUAUGAAAACUUUUCCUGUAAGUCUCAGCUUGAUAGCCAGCUUUUUUUCCGGCAUUUCGCUGCUUGGGACCCCCACGGAAAUUUAUGUUCAUGGAACGAGUUAUCUUUUCAUUGCUUUUGGUGUAAUUCUAGUUGGAUUUACUAUGUCGAGUAUUUAUUUGCCGGUUUUUCAUGAAUUAAAGCUUACGAGCACUUAUGAGUAUUUAGAAAGGCGGUUUGAUCGCAAAGUGAGAAUACUUGGGUCUACACUUUUUUCUAUUGGAAUUAUGCUGUGGCUGCCUAUUGUUAUUUACGUCCCCGCAUUAGCCUUCAAUCAAGUGACGGGAGUUAAUGUUCACAUCGUAACGCCUUUCGUGUGUAUCAUUUGCAUUUUUUAUACUUGCGUGGGAGGCCUACGCGCAGUAGUAUGGACGGAUUUUGUUCAGGCUUUCAUUAUGUUUGGCGCAAUGCUUCUUGUUGUUAUAAAAGGUACUGCUGAUGUUGGUGGCCUGGGAGUUGUACUUCAAAGAAAUCGCGAUUCAGACAGACUUGAAUUGCCCAUGACUGACUUAAGUCCAUCGACAAGGCAUACAAUAUGGGCACUAGUUAUCGGCGGUUUUGUUCAUUGGCUUCAAAGUGCUGCAAUUAAUCAAAACAUGCUUCAACGAUAUAUGUCACUACCAAAUCUUUAUGAAGCUAAGAAGGCACUUUGGAUAUUCAUUGUUGGUGCAGUGGCAUUAAUUGGAGUAUGUGGUUACUCCGGGUUGCUUAUUUAUGCCUGGUACCACGAAUGCGAUCCUCUGACAACAAAAUUAGUAAACGCGAAGGAUCAAUUGCUUCCAUUGUUAGUGAUGGAUGUUUUGGGACAAUUUCCAGGAUUCCCGGGACUUUUUGUCGCUGGAGUUUUCAGCGCAGCUUUGAGCUCUUUGUCAACUGGACUAAAUUCAAUGGCUGCGGUUAUUUUUGAAGACUUUAUAAAACCAUUCCGCAAAACACCAUUCAGCACCCGAACUGCUGACAUACUUAUGAAAUUGACAGUUGUCAUACUAGGUGUCGUUUGCGUGGGGCUUGUUUUCGUAGUUGAAAAAGCUGGAACUCAUGUACUUGAAUUAACGAUAACGAUGAGCGCAAUUCACAGUGGGCCAUCGCUAGGAAUCUUUAGACUUUGUGGAUUAGGAUUCAUGGGAUGGGUGACGUUUUCUGCGCAAGCUGCGAUAGCUAGCGGCAAUAUUAUAUCAGAUGAAAAGUCAGUGACUACGGAAGGUUGUACAUAUUGGUUUCAACAAGCGGAAAAUCUAUUGCUGGCUGUACCACCGGACUCUGUUUUUGAAACCACAGAUGAUGGAUCUAGUGAAACAUGGGCUAUUUAUCGUGUGAGUUAUUUGUGGUACACUGUAACAGGAGCUUUGGUGACAAUGAGUAUUGGUCUUAUGGUCAGUAUUAUAUCAUCUGAAAGUGUUAAUAAACUUGAUCCAAAGCUAGUUGCGCCAUUUUUACGGAAAUAUUUUAAAACAGACAAUUCAAUAGAAUUACAUCAAGUUCAGAUAAACUCAGUCCAUGAAACACGAUUUGCGGAAGAAAUAACGACCGAACCAUCGAAUCACACUAAACGAUCGACUAAAUAA